CUACGACGAUUCAGGAUGCCCCCCAAGUUCGAUCCCUCCUCCGUCAUCGAGGUCUUCCUUCGUGCCACUGGUGGUGAAGUUGGCGCUGCCUCCUCUCUGGCCCCCAAAAUUGGUCCACUGGGUCUCUCUCCCAAAAAGGUCGGGGAGGAUAUCGCCAAGGAAACGAAGAAAGACUGGAACGGCCUGCGCGUGACUGUUAAGCUCACUGUACAGAAUCGACAAGCGAAGGUUUCGGUGGUUCCCUCUGCCUCAGCGCUUGUUAUCAAGGCUCUCAAGGAACCCCCACGCGAUCGGAAAAAGGUCAAACAUGUCAAGCACUCCGGCAACAUUAGCCUGGACGACGUCAUCGAAAUUGCGCGCAUAAUGCGUCCAAGAUCUAUGGCCAAGGAGCUCAAGGGAACUGUUAAGGAGAUUCUUGGCACAGCAAAAUCGACAGGGUGCACCGUUGAGGGAGAAGACCCCCAGGACGUGCAGCAAUCCAUUCAGGAUGGUGACAUCGAAAUCCCCGACAUGUGAAAAUUGCGAGAGUGAAGACGUAACUUGCGUUUCUUUAUUAGAUUUGUUUACGAUCUAUUUUGAAUAUGGGGAAUUUAAAUUGCAGUGCUCAAGUAGAUGAUGUUUGCGCUGGGGAGGACGUUUUUCUUGGCCCUGGCAGUCUCACAUCGUUCUUUUGAGUAGAUGUUGUCGCAAUAGACCGGCGCAGUUCCACGGGUGUAUCAACAGGCCUUGUCACAGUUUUGGACACGCCUUCAGGGGUGCGCUGCAAUCUUGCUGUCUUCCUUGUCUCGAUAAUUGCAGAGUUGCGCCCGAAGAAUUCGCCCUCAUCUUCCGACGACUCCUCUGUACCCGUCUCUUCGGAAGGAUAGUCCCCACCGUAUGCAACCGCGGCAAUAUCAUCUUCAGAAUCAGAUAGCUGGGGUGCAGGAAUCUUUUUCCACGCGCUUUUGUCAUCAAGCUCAGAAGUUCCUGUUCGGGUGAUAGUUUUCCCGAUUCCCACUUCAGCGGCCCUGCCUUUGCGUGCUUCCAAAAUUUCUUGAGUGCGCCUCAAAACCUUUAGCUUAAUGUUGAAUCUCGCAUCGGCGCCAAUCCAAUAAUCAGACAGCAGGGUCACCGCUAGUGAGUAAGAACCGGGGUUAAGCACGGGAAAUUGGACCUGAAGCGUUGCUCCACUGGAGUUGGAAUGAGCUUCAUGAAGUACUACGGUAUCUAGCCUCUGGUGAGAUAGCACUGCGUUCGCUGCCGGGUCUGCUACCAGAAGCCACCAGCCUUCGCUUCGUUC